UCCUGCCACACCCCCUCACCUGCUCUUCCCACCCCUAUAAUAACUAAGAUGUCUGAUGGGAUAUUCACUUGCUGCUGCUGUGAUAAUACCUGACUGACCUGUCUCCAGCCCUCUGAUUUUGCACAGAACAUUUACCCAGUAAAUACAGGAAUUAUGGCGUUUUAUGAAGAUUACAAAGCACUUACCAAAGAUGUUGAUUCUCUGGAUUUCUCUGGAAGUUCCGUUCCUUGCAAGCUGCUCAUAACAGGAAACACAGCCUUCCCUGUGUUGGUCACUCCUAGAAAGGAUGUGCUCAUCGCUGCCUCUUGUUAUGGAAAGGGAAAGAUGGUGGUCGUUGCUCAUGAGAAUUAUCUGAACAUGAAAGAGUUUAUGGUUUUCUUGAAUAACUCUGUGGCCUGGCUGAAACCAAACCCAAAAGCAGAAAUUGGUGUAGAUAGCAGCCUAACUCUACUAGCCGAGACACUCCCUAGAUCUGGCUGUCAAGUCCAAACCAGUUCAGGCCUUACUGAGGGCCUGGGAGUCUUCUGUACUAGUGGAUAUGAUGAGGACCAAGCUCAGAAGAUCAUCUCAUUUGUGCGAGAGGGGGGAGGCCUGCUGAUUGGGGCUCAGGCUUGGCACUGGUCCUACAGCAACAAGCAGAAUGUUCUACACAAUUUUCCUGGAAACAAAAUAACAUCUGUUUCUGGGGUGUACUUCACCAAUCAUUAUGGAGAGAAAGGAACCUUCAGUAUGACUGAAAAUAUACCAUGUACCCCAUUAUACACAGACUUUGAUUUCUCAGAAGAUCUGAAGCACCUUUUGAAUGGUGUAUCACAGCUGGACAUCAGUGGACACAGUCUUCCCUCAGAUCUUCUCAUCUAUGGGGCUCUUGCAUUUCCAAUUACUGUUGCUGAUAACAAGGAAUGUUUUCUGGGUGCUGCACACUAUGGUAAAGGGCGUGUGGUUGUAGCAUCUCAUGACUCCUACAUGUAUAAACCAGAGCUGAAAACCUUUAUCCUGAAUACAAUAUCAUGGCUAGACACUGGAAAGAGAAACAAAAUUGGUAUUCAUAAUGACUUGGAAAACCUUGCAAAAAUGUUAGAGAAGGAAGGCAUCUUGUGUACAAUAUCCAGCUUUAGCCCUGAACUCAGUGUAUAUUGUUGCCCAUGGUACACUGAGGCUGAAGAAUGUUCUAUCCAUCAAUUUGUUGCAGAAGGGGGAGGCCUCUUUAUUGGUGGCCAGUCCUGGAACUGGGCCUCCAAAAACUCAGGCCUAAACGUUGUUGCGGAUUUCCCAGGCAACAAAAUUCUGAAUAAGUUUGGGAUUAGCAUAUUGGACUGGAGUACCCCUCAAGGCAAUUAUAAAGCAGUUAAUCCUGAUGAAGCCACUAACCAGUAUCGGUUCCCAAAGGCACUUUCACAGCUGCAAAAUGAACUAAAAAGUGAACAUGAACUGAAACCUCCAUUCAGCACCUGGAUGUUCAAACUCAGACGGGACAUCACCUAUUUCAUGAGACUCCCUGCCAGUCCUAUCAUUAGCACCAUACAGGACCAGUUUAUAAAGAUGAUGCAAACCUGUGAGCUACCAAAGCUUAACGGAGAAAACUGUGUGAACAGUUGCUCAAAAGAGGCUUUAAUACUAUCAUUGGCUCAUGAAACCUGUAGUGUCAACCAGGAGUGCAACAAGAAAAAUAUUAUGGAGAAAGAGCCAGCAGUCACUAUAGAAAUCGAUGCCACAAACCCAGGUUAUGAUGCCUGGAGAAGUACCGGCCUCUAUUUGGCUCCCAAAAAGACAGCAGUGCUUGUGUUUCCAGCCUCAGCUGUGUGGCAGGGUCUUCAGGUCCAGGUUGGCUGUCAUUCAGAUGAUUUGGGCUCUAAAGAUAAGUUUUAUCGUGCACCAAUUGUUGUGCGGAAAAUUUCUGUUCAUAGUGAGAAGAUUUCAGUGUCCUGUUUUUGGGGUGGACUAAUUUACAUCAUUGUGAAAGAGAAGAGCAACUUGGGUACAAUCCCAGUCCAGGUGUAUGGAGCAGAACCAGCCCCAAUCUAUAUUAAAGGUAAGACCAGUAUAGUUUCCUGGUUGCAAUCAAUCCGUGACUUGCCUCCUCCUUGGGCUGAAUUGAUUACAGAAAACAUCAUCCUGACUGUACCUUCCGAUCGUAUCCGCUCACUAAAUGAUCCAGAAGAGCUACUUGGUUUUUGGGACAAAAUGAUGGUAGCUAUUACUGAGCUUGCUGCCAAACCUGCAAAAUUUCCUCGGCCAGAAAGAAUUGUGGCAGAUGUACAGAUCUCGGCUGGUUGGAUGCAUGCUGGAUACCCGGUUAUGGUCCACUUGGCAUCUGUGAAAUAUUUGACUAACCUUAAAUGUAUGCAAAAGGAAGGUCUCUGGGGGCCAAUCCAUGAGCUUGGGCAUAAUCAACAGCAAAAAGUUUGGGAGUUUCCCCCUCAUACCACAGAAGCCACUUGUAACCUUUGGUCUGUAUUUGUGCAUGAAACGGUUGUAGGAGUGUCCCGGGAUAAAGCGAACUCUGCUCUUGAACCAGAAAGCAGGGCUGCCUGUAUUGCAGCAUAUUUGAAAACUGGACCAAAGUUAGAAAACUGGAAUGUAUGGACUGCACUGGAGACCUAUUUACAGUUGCAAGAAGGCUUUGGCUGGAAACCAUUCAAGCAGCUAUUCAAAGUUUACCAGAGCAUGUCGGGCAUCAGUAAUGAAAACAAAUUUAAGAUGAACCUGUGGGCGGAGAAGUUCUCUGAAGCUGUGCAAAUCAAUCUUGUUCCAUUCUUUGAGGCCUGGGGCUGGCCCAUUGAGGAAGCAACUCGCAGUAAAUUGUCUGUAUUACCUGUAUGGGAGAAGGAUCCCAUGAAGUCCUAUCUUAGUGCAAUGAAAACUUAAGUCGUCAAACCUACAUCUAUUGCUAGCUAUAGACCAGCAACAAUGAUAAGCUAGCCGUGGACUGGAUCUUUGUUUCAUGAUUUACGGAGUUGUUCUAGAACAUUCUCAACAGAGGAAGCCCCCUAAACUGUUUGGUUUGUGAUGAGAAGUCCUUAUACCUAUAGCUUUGCAAUACAUAAUUAAAGAAAACAUAAUAAAAUGUAAGCAUUGUAUA